AUGCUUCUCUUUGAUCUUACUGCGCUCUUAAUUGCUACAGUAUCAGCGUACAAUUUACCCCAUAACUUGCAAGAAAUCUAUGGCAACCACAAAGCAGGAAAAUGCAACAAUAUACUUGCUGGUGGUUUCACUGAUGCAGUUAGUGGUACUUCUCACAGCUUCGCUUACUGUGGUGAUAUCGACGGCGUGAUCUAUCUCCAUGGUCAGGCUAACGGCGGUCAGUACAAUAACAUGGACGUGGAUUGUGAUGGUCUGAACUUCAAGGGAGGUGACUGUGGUGAAGAUCAAACUGGACAAGACGAGACCGCUUUCAAGGACCAGUUGAGUCAGUAUGGUAUCUCGGAUCUAGAUGCAAAUGUUCAUCCAUACGUGGUAUUCGGAAACAACGACUUUAAUCCUCAGCAAUUUGGCAUGGAGCCUCUAUCCGUAAUGGCUGUUGUGUGCAAUAGCCAAGUGCUUUACAGCAUCUGGGGUGAUACAAAUGGUGCGGACUCUACUGGUGAAGCCUCUAUCUCGCUUGCGCAAAUGUGCUUCCCCGACGACGAUGUUAACGGCAACAAUGGACAUGACCAAGAUGAUAUACUCUAUCUUGGUUUCAUUGGUCAAAAUGCGGUUCCUGGAACUAGUGCAGAUUGGGAUGGAGCCGAUCGCGAUACCUUCGAGGCCAGUAUCAAGGAUCUUGGUGAUAAUCUGGUGGCAGGACUUCAGGCCUGA